AUGACGUUCCAGAGAUUGGCUGCUCUUUCGACCCGUGCGCGCAUUGCACCCAGGCUUGUUCGCGGCGGACAUGGCGCACAGCACUUUAACGAGCCCGGAGGCUACCUGUUUGGUGUCAAGCCCGGACAAAAGUACGAGAAGGAAGGCUGGGAGACGAUCUGGGUCGGGCGGGUUUCGGGUUUGCGUUUGCUCUGGCGGCCGUCGGUCUUUACUACAAGCCGGACACCAGGUAAGGGGACCGCUUUAGAUGACCUCAUUGCCCUUGUCCGACGACAAGCACGGGCACAGGUUCGUACCUGGGCCAGGCAGGAGGCCGAGAGGCAGAUGCGUGAAGAGGGUGACGUGUUGGAAUACAAGCACACCGAGUACAGGGCUUAGACUUAGUGCUUCUUCAUCCCUGGCUUUUCGAUAAAAUUAAAAAUAUCGUAUUCGCGCCCUGCAGGGGUGGGUACGCCGGACAGGCACGGAUGGAUGGUGGUGUGGCUGGAAUAAGCAGCUUUAGGAAAUUUAAAGUCACCAGUUUUCCCUGCUGCGUCCUGAUGGGACGGGCUCCCAACAAAGACCGGCCUGGGCACCGCUGGUCUCACUGUAUUGAAGCUCAGUCAUUUGAGGAGCAAUGGCCGUCCACUCGGGAGAGGAGCCAGUGGUCCGACAGUUGCGUGGCCUGAAGCGUGUGCGGCAAUGGGGGAAGCAGAUUAGCUAACAAAGUGCU